AUGGAUCUGGACCCCGACAACGUGACUAUGGAGAUGGAAUCGGCCGCUAUGGACAUGUCGGUGGCGCAAGAGGAAUGGGAGACCGCCAGCUUCUGUUACAACAAAGAAUCGUUGGUGAUCGGGUUCGUCAUCGAUGCGCUGUUGGAGCCGUGCAAGGACGCGAAUGGGGUUGAGAAGAAGAAGCCGAUGGCCGCUUUCAUGGCUAAAGUCCCGCCGAUGGGAGUCCCGGGUAUGCCACUCGAUCGCGAUGGCGGGAACGAGACCUGCAAUCUGACGGAGUUGGCAAGGGCUCAAUUCUACAAUCUCUACAAAGACCUUGGCGAGGAUGGGCUGCAGAAGGUAGCUGACGAGUGGUUUGACUCGAAGGAGAGAGAGCUGAAGAUGAGGGUCGACGUCGCGGCGGCUGCGCUGAAGUCCGCCCAGGAUGUCCACGCCGAAAAGCUCCACCGUUGCUACCUCCUGUCAAAGCACCAGGAAAAGCUCGUCCAUGACCUGCGGCUCGACUACCUCGAAGCCAAUGGAGGCCCGCUGCCACCCUUCCCGGUUCUCCACGAGAUGCCCGCCGCCCCCGUCGCCACUCGCCCUGAUUUUCCUGAGCCCCCUCAUGCUGCCGUUUUUCCACAAGUCGAUGGACAAGCCGCGGCUGCUCCGGGACACGCCACUACUCACCUCGUCGCUGCCGGACCCGUCUUCAAGGCGCUCGCGGCCCUGGGCGCCUUUUUGCCCGGAAACAAC